AUGGUUUCAAUCAGUGAUUCUCCAACCGAUGCUGGGGUUUUGAAAACUUUGCUAUCUAACGAGCAGCUUCUUUUGUUUGGUGGAGGGGUGGUUAUGCUUUUAGCAGCUUACUUGGCUAGCUCCAAAUCAAAGUCAAAGUCACAUUCAAGUUCUUAUCCAGCCGAUACUAAGUCGGGAGCUGCUAGAUCGGCCACGGGGUCAGCGUUGGCUGAAAGGAAGUUCGGGCAUUGGGAAGCCGACCAUGUCUUUAAACUACCAAUCCCACCACCGUUUGAAAAUUGGGACAUGAACAAGACCAAGCCGCAGCCCUAUCGUGCUUUUAAACACAAGUAUCACGUGACCAUGGGUAUAAGAAACAUGGACUGGGACUCGUGGAUUGAAUUGGACAAUGAGUGGCAAUAUUACCAUGACUUGAAAUUGCAGAGAUUGCAAGAGAAAGGUGAGAAAGUGCAUGCAACCAGUAGCAAAGCCGUUGAUGCUUCAUGGGAGGUGUUGUAUGAGCUAUGUGCAUACUUGCCCCAUAGAUAUCCUAGUUUGUUCAGUUACGAUGACAACAGCCAAGUGUUGAAGAUCUUGGCCACGGGUGAGACGUUUGACUUGAAGGAUAAAAAGAAUUUGGACCCUAUUGUCACGGCAGCCAAGUGUAUUCAAGAUGACAUUGCCAUUAUGGUUGAGGAUGAAAACGGCGAUUAUUCAUUAGAGAGUGGAUGCGUUGCCCUUGCCGGUUUCUGGCGUAUCACCGACAAGUAUCAAAGAACCUUGGACGAGAUCCACUUGAGUGGCGAUGUUCCCCAGUAUGCCACCAAGCUCGGACCAGCAAUGAGAAAGUUUUUUAGAAGAUUAACUGUGAACAAUCCCGUUGUGCGUAACAAUUAUUUCAUUCAAACAGACAACAAUUUGGACUGGUCGACUUCGAUAGGUCCCGAAACGAAACAGGAGGUUGGUUGGUAUACUGCCCCUGCCGCCACCGACGUUAACGACUUGUAUUUCAGAAGUGAACGGCAAAGUUUGAGAAGGUUGCCCAUUUCCGGAGCCCUCGUGUUUACCAUUAGAACUUACUUUAUGCCCAUUACAAAGUUAUGUCAAGAGCCCUAUGUUCCCCGGAGAUUGCUCAAUGGUAUCAACAGUUGGCAAAGUGAUGUUGAAGAAUACAAGGGCUACCAUAAAUUCAAAGAUGUGUUGAUGCCGUAUCUUUUGAAAAAGGCCGAAGAACAAGAGGCGGAGGGACUUAACUUGGACGAGGAACCCGAAGUGUAUCCGUUCUAG